AUGUCUGCCAACCUGGACAAGUCGCUUGACGAUCUCGUCGGUAACCGUCGCCAGAAUGCUCGUCGUCGCGGCGGAAACCGUCGGGCUACUGCCAAGGCCCCCACGGUCGGAGGCGUCAAGAAGUCCUCCAGAGUCCCCAAGGCCCCUGCGAAGGCGGUUCACCCUACCCCGGUUCCAGCUGCAUCCAGCAAGAUCAUCGUGAGCGGACUGCCGUCCGAUGUGUCUGAGGCCAAUAUCAAGGAAUACUUUACCAAGUCUGCAGGCCCUGUCAAGAAGGUGAUGCUCACCUACAACCAAAACGGAAGCAGCCGUGGCAUCGCCUCCAUCAUCUUCGGCCGCGCCGACACUGCCGCCAAGGCCGCCAAGGAGCUUAAUGGUCUCCAUGUUGAUGGCCGUCCCAUGAAGAUUGAGGUUGUGUACGAUGCCUCCCACGCCCCGACUGUUCCCGCCCCCAAGCCGCUCAACGAGCGCAUCGCUCAUCAGAAGUCCCAGCCCAAGCCUGCCACCGCUGCCAAGGCUGGCCGCGGAGCUAACAAGAAGAACAACGCCAACACCAACACCAACACCAACACCAACGAAGGAGCAAAGGGUCAAGCUCGUGGUGCCAAGGGUCGCAAGGGCCGUAACCCCGGCCGUGGCAAGCCUAAGUCCGUCGAGGAGCUCGACGCCGAGAUGGUCGACUACUUCGCCGGCGGCAACGAGAAUGUGCCUGCUCAGGGCGCUGCUCCUGUCAACGCUGCUCCCCAGGCCAACGGUGGCGAGGACCUUGGCAUGGCUGAGAUCUCCUAA